AUGCUGCUGCACAAACACCCGUCCAGCAGCAGCAGCAGCAGCAGCAGCAGGCAGCAGCAGCAGCAGCAGCAGCAGUCGAAGCUGGAUCUCCCUGAUCCUCUACGGGGUUCAGAAGGCGAGAAAGAUAACGACUCUGCAGCAGCAACAGCAGCAGCAACAGCAGCAGCAGCAGCAGAAUCAGCCGGAGCAGCUACAUUUCCUGGAUCGAAGAUACCAUCCCCAUCAGCAGCAGCAGCAGCAGCAGCAGCAGCAGGAGAGCGCAGCAUCUGGGGUCGUCUCGUAGGAGCAGCUGAAGAGAAGCUGCAGACACCGGGGGCCCGCCUGGGUGUCUGCGUUGCCUUGGGGGCUGUGGGGGCCCUCACGUCCUUCGCGAGGCUUUUUCUCCUUGAGUCGACGAUCGAGCGGGUUGCCUGCCGUCUCCGUGCUGAUCUAUUUCGGCGUCUCCUCUAUCAGACAACUGCUGCAUCGCAGCAGCAGCAGCUGGGGGCCCUAGGGAAGCAUUUAUCUCAGGACGUAGUAACUGCGAGCCGCGUGCUGGUGGAUAUAUCGUUUGGCUUUCGGUGUCUCCUCACUUCUGUCGUCGCUCGCCACGUAGCUAAGCUGCAGCAGCAGCACAGCACAGCUAUACAGGGGGCCCUCGCCCGCGCCACGGGGGCCCUCAGCAGCAGGAGACAACUCAAGAGCCUCAAUGGAGAGGCCCUAGAAGCCAAGGCAUUUGAAACAGCUCUUGAGGGCGUGUUAGCUGCUGCUUAUAAAAGUGCUGCAGCAAUAGGGUGGCGGCAUGCGUUUGUCUUUGCUGCUGGGUCGGGUCUCCUCAUUCAUCUUGUUAAUGCUGCUGCGGCUCUUGUUGCUCAGGGGGUACUAACUGGGGGUCAGGUGAUGUCUUUGGCGUUAUAUUCUGCUUUUGUUGGUUCUUCUAUCCAAGGCUGUGCAACAGCAUGGAGCGACAUAUACCGCGCAGCAGCAGCAGCAGAUGACAUGCUGCAGCUGCUGCUGCAGCCCCCCCCCCCUCUCCUUGCCUCUCCCCUCAACUACUCUGCUGAGCUGGCUCGUUUUCAGAGAGACCUCCAGCAGCAGCAGCAGCAGAAGCAACAGCAGCAGCAGCAGCAGCAGCAACAGCAGCAGCAGCAGCAGCAGCAGCAAAUAGCAGCAGCAGCAGCAGCAGCAGCAGGGUCUGUAUCGAGUGCAGCAGCAGCUGCAUUAGAGUUUAGAGACGUUUGGUUCUCUUAUCCUUUACGGGGGGGCCGCUGGGCUCUCAGCGGCGUUAACUUUGCUGUACCUGCAGGGGCUGUUGUUGCUGUCACAGGUGAUCCCGGUGCUGCAGGAUUCUCUGCUGCUGUCUUCUCUGUCUCUAGAGAGCCACAUAAAGUAUGCAUACAGGGCCCACCAGGAGGCCAUAGGGAGGAGUAA